AAAUUAUAAAAUAAAAAGUUUGAAGUUCAAACUUUCAAUUUUAAAGACAGUCAAUGAAGGGCAAAAAUGGUUAUUGUAACACGAGGUGACUACAUCUGGAUAGAACCCGCAUCGGGCAGAGAAUUCGAUGUAGCCAUUGGAGCUCGUGUUAUAUCAGCUGAAGGCAGACGUAUACAAGUUCGUGAUGACGAUGGCGAUGAAAUUUGGCUAUCGCCAGAGCGACGCAUCAAAGCGAUGCACGCCUCCUCUGUCCAAGGUGUGGAAGAUAUGAUAUCAUUAGGUGAUCUGCAUGAGGCUGGAAUAUUAAGAAACCUUUUAAUACGAUACAAAGAAAAUUUAAUAUAUACAUAUACAGGUUCAAUCCUUGUUGCUGUAAAUCCUUAUCAAAUUUUGCCAAUAUACACGGCUGACCAAAUAAAAUUGUAUAAAGAGCGUAAAAUUGGAGAAUUACCACCUCACAUAUUUGCCAUAGGUGACAAUGCUUAUGCUCAUAUGAAACGUUAUCGUCAGGAUCAGUGCAUUGUUAUAUCUGGUGAAUCCGGCGCUGGUAAGACUGAAAGCACAAAACUAAUUUUACAAUAUCUAGCCGCUAUAAGUGGUAAACACUCAUGGAUAGAACAACAAAUACUUGAAGCAAACCCGAUAUUAGAGGCUUUCGGUAAUGCGAAAACAAUACGAAAUGAUAAUUCAUCACGGUUUGGCAAAUAUAUUGAUAUACACUUUAGUGGCAGCGGCGUUAUAGAGGGCGCUAAAAUUGAACAAUACCUAUUAGAAAAAUCUCGAAUAGUUUCACAAAACCAUAGUGAACGUAAUUAUCAUAUCUUUUAUUGUAUAUUGGCUGGAUUAUCAGCAGAGGAAAAGCGUCGAUUAGACUUGGGAAAUGCCUCAGACUAUAAAUAUCUUACUGGAGGUGAUUGUAUAACUUGUGAAGGACGGGAUGAUACAGUUGAAUUUUCAGAUAUUAGGUCAGCCAUGAAGGUGCUACUCUUUUCCGAUCAGGAAAUUUGGGAAAUAAUUAAACUAUUAGCAGCGCUGUUGCAUUGUGGUAAUAUUAAAUAUAAAGCAACUGUAGUGGAUAAUUUGGAUGCUACCGAAAUACCAGAGCACAUCAAUGUGGAAAGGGUAUCAGCUUUACUUGGUCUUCCAAUGCAGCCUUUAAUUGACGCGCUAACCCGUCGUACAUUAUUUGCACAUGGUGAGACUGUCGUAUCGACUUUGUCCCGCGAACAGUCGGUUGAUGUGCGUGAUGCGUUUGUGAAGGGCAUUUAUGGUCGUCUAUUCAUUUACAUUGUACGCAAAAUUAAUUCGGCUAUUUACAAGCCACGUGCCACAUCACGGAAUGCCAUUGGUGUUUUGGACAUAUUUGGUUUUGAAAAUUUUGAUCAAAAUAGUUUUGAACAAUUUUGUAUCAAUUAUGCUAAUGAAAAUCUACAGCAAUUCUUUGUGCAACAUAUAUUCAAGCUGGAGCAGGAAGAGUAUAAUCAUGAGGCUAUUAAUUGGCAACACAUUGAGUUCGUUGAUAAUCAAGAUGCACUAGAUCUAAUUGCUAUUAAACAAUUAAAUAUUAUGGCUUUAAUCGAUGAAGAGGCACGUUUCCCUAAGGGUACUGAUCAAACCAUGUUGGCUAAAUUACAUAAAACACAUGGUGCACAUAAAAAUUAUUUAAAACCCAAAUCGGAUAUAAACACUAGCUUUGGUUUGAAUCACUUCGCCGGUGUUGUAUUUUAUGAUACACGCGGAUUUUUAGAUAAGAACCGAGAUACGUUUAGUCCGGACUUAUUGCAUUUAGUUAGUCAAAGCUCAAACAAAUUUUUACGCCAGAUUUUCAAUCAAGAUAUUGAAAUGGGAGCAGAGACCAGGAAACGCACACCUACGCUUUCAACACAGUUUAAGAAAAGCUUAGACGCUUUAAUGAAAACUCUUAGCACUUGUCAACCCUUUUUUAUACGUUGCAUUAAACCGAACGAGGUCAAGAAACCAAUGAUGUUUGAUCGUGGUUUAUGCUGUAGACAGUUGCGCUAUUCUGGUAUGAUGGAAACUAUACGUAUACGACGUGCUGGAUACCCAAUACGACAUGGUUUCCGUGAGUUCGUUGAACGUUAUCGCUUCCUAAUACCAGGCGUACCGCCAGCUCACCGCACAGACUGUCAGGCAGCUACUGCGCGUAUUUGUGCCAAUGUUUUAGGAAAGUCGGAUUAUCAACUCGGUCACACAAAAGUGUUCUUGAAAGAUGCACAUGAUUUGUUUCUGGAGCAAGAACGUGACCGUGUACUGACACGCAAAAUUUUAAUACUUCAACGGACUAUUCGUGGUUGGGUCUACAGAAGACGGUUUCUGCGAAUGCGUGCUGCAGCUAUUACAAUUCAAAGAUUUUGGAAAGGUUACGCGCAGCGGCAACGCUACCGUCAAAUGCUAGUUGGAUAUAUGCGAUUGCAGGCACUGAUACGAUCGCGUGUGCUUUCACAUCGUUUUCGUCAUUUGCGGGGUCAUAUAGUUGGACUUCAGGCACAUGCACGUGGAUAUCUUGUGCGCAGAGAAUAUGGCCAUAAGAUGUGGGCUAUUAUCAAAAUACAAUCACAUGUCCGACGAAUGAUUGCAAUGCGAAAAUACAAAAAAUUACGGGAAGAAUAUAAACAAUUUGCUGAAGUCUUACAUUUACGUGCACUUGAAGAGCAAGAACUAAUGCAUAAAGGCAAUAAACAUGCUCGCGAAAUCGCGGAACAACAUUACCGAGAUCGUUUGCACGAACUAGAACGACGAGAAAUGGAAAAGGAAAUUGAAGAACGACGUCGUGUUGAAGUGAAGAAGAAUAUUAUUAAUGACGCAGCACGAAAACAGGAUGAACCAGUUGAUGACAGUAAACUAGUUGAAGCUAUGUUCGAUUUUCUACCCGAUUCCAGUAGUGAAGCGCCAACACCGCAUGGUGGGCGGGAAACGUCUGUUUUCAAUGAUCUACCGCAUGGCAACUCCAACCAUGAUGAUAUUAUUGCACCCAUUCACGUUUCCGAAGACGAAGAAGAUUUAUCUGAAUUCAAAUUCCAAAAGUUUGCUACAACAUAUUUCCAAGGCAAUGUAACGCACCAGUAUUCAAAGAAGGCUUUGAAACAUCCAUUGUUACCACUGCAUACACAGGGCGAUCAAUUAGCAGCUCAAGCAUUAUGGAUUACUAUAUUGCGAUUUACUGGGGACAUGCCAGAACCAAAAUAUCAUACAAUGGAUCGUAUGGAUACCACUUCAGUAAUGUCGAAAGUAACUGCCACAUUAGGUCGCAACUUUAUUAGGAGCAAAGAAUUUCAAGAAGCUCAACUUAUGGGUCUUGAUCCAGAAGCUUUCCUUAAGCAAAAACCACGCUCAAUCAGGCACAAACUAGUUUCAUUAACGCUCAAACGUAAAAAUAAACUUGGCGAGGAUGUUCGUCGAAGGCUACAAGAUGAAGAGUAUACUGCAGACAGUUAUCAGUCAUGGUUGCAGUCACGUCCUACCUCUAAUCUUGAGAAGUUGCACUUCAUUAUAGGUCAUGGUAUUCUACGUGCAGAGUUACGAGAUGAAAUAUACUGCCAAAUAUGUAAACAACUGACAAAUAACCCCUUGAAGUCAUCACAUGCUCGCGGCUGGAUUUUAUUAUCACUCUGUGUGGGAUGCUUUGCUCCAUCAGAGAAAUUCGUGAAUUAUCUACGCGCUUUCAUACGAGAGGGACCACCUGGUUAUGCGCCAUAUUGUGAAGAGCGCUUAAAACGUACCUUUAAUAAUGGUACUCGCAAUCAACCGCCUUCGUGGUUGGAGUUGCAAGCAACUAAGUCAAAGAAACCUAUUAUGCUACCUAUCACAUUUAUGGAUGGCAAUACUAAAACUCUGUUAGCAGAUUCGGCAACAACUGCACGCGAACUUUGCAACCAACUUUCAGAUAAAAUUACACUGAAGGAUCAGUUUGGUUUUUCACUUUAUAUAGCACUUUUCGAUAAAGUAUCCUCAUUAGGUAGUGGCGGCGAUCAUGUGAUGGAUGCUAUUUCUCAAUGCGAACAGUAUGCUAAGGAGCAAGGCGCACAAGAACGCAAUGCACCAUGGCGAUUGUUUUUCCGCAAAGAAAUUUUUGCACCGUGGCAUGAACCAACCCAGGAUCAAGUUGCUACGAAUCUCAUUUACCAGCAAGUUGUGCGUGGAGUUAAAUUUGGAGAGUAUCGUUGCGAUAAAGAGGAAGAUUUGGCUAUGAUUGCUGCUCAACAGUACUUUAUUGAGUAUGGUACAGAUAUGUCAAUGGAACGUUUAUUCACGCUGUUGCCAAACUUUAUACCUGAUUUUUGUCUGACUGGAGUGGAAAAAGCAAUUGAGCGUUGGGCAGCGCUUGUUUUACAAGCUUAUAAAAAAUCAUAUUACGUUAAAGAAAAAGUAGCGUCGUUAAAAAUUAAGGAAGAUAUUGUAAGUUACGCCAAGUACAAAUGGCCUCUAUUAUUUUCGCGCUUUUAUGAAGCAUACAGAAACUCAGGACCCAAUUUACCGAAAAAUGAUGUUAUAAUCGCUGUAAAUUGGACUGGCGUUUAUGUUGUCGAUGAUCAAGAACAAGUAUUGUUGGAGCUUAGUUUUCCAGAAAUAACAUCAGUUUCGAGUCAAAAAACUAACAAAGUUUUUACACAAACGUUUAGUUUAUCUACGGUACGUGGCGAAGAGUUCACGUUUCAAAGUCCGAAUGCAGAGGAUAUACGUGAUUUGGUUGUCUAUUUUCUAGAUGGCUUAAAAAAACGCUCUAAAUAUGUCAUUGCCAUACAAGACUAUCGAGCACCUACUGAUGGAUCCAGUUUUCUUUCUUUCCUAAAAGGCGACCUUAUAACAUUAGAAGAUGAUUCCUGUGGUGAUUCUGUAUUAAAUAAUAGAUGGUGUAUUGGCCGUUGUGAACGUACACAAGAGCGUGGUGAUUUUCCAGCUGAGACAGUAUACGUGCUACCCACACUUACAAAGCCACCUCAAGAUAUAUUGGCAUUAUUUAAUAUUGAAGAAGCACAUCAUGGUCGACGUCUUAGCAUGGUUUCUAAUGGGGUACCUGAACCAUGUGAUCGUCCUCACACUUUAAUGGAAUAUGCGAUUGAUCAUUUUCGGCUACCACCAAAACGUACUAUGUCAAAAACACUCACUCUGAGUUCUAAGCGUUCAGAUGAAAUAUGGCGUUAUUCGCGAGAUCCUAUUAAGGCGCCGCUAUUGCGUAAACUACAGAGCAAAGAAGAACUGGCUGAAGAAGCUUGCUUUGCGUUCGCUGCCAUACUUAAAUAUAUGGGUGAUCUACCAUCAAAGCGUCCACGGAUGGGUAAUGAGAUCACUGAUCACAUUUUUGAAGGCCCACUAAAGCAUGAAAUACUGCGUGAUGAAAUCUAUUGUCAAAUAAUGAAACAGCUGACAGAUAAUCGAAAUCGUAUAUCCGAAGAACGAGGCUGGGAAUUGAUGUGGUUAGCGACGGGGUUGUUUGCAUGUUCACAAAAUUUGCUAAAAGAACUUAUGAUGUUUCUGCGUACGAGAAGGCAUCAAAUUUCACAGGAUUCAAUGCAUAGACUGCAAAAGACAAUACGUAAUGGGCAACGGAAGUAUCCACCGCACCAAGUCGAAGUUGAAGCUAUACAACAUAAGACUACGCAAAUAUUUCAUAAAGUUUAUUUUCCUGAUGAUACAGAUGAGGCAUUUGAAGUGGAUUCAUCGACACGAGCAAAAGACUUUUGUCAUAACAUUUCUCAACGUUUAUCACUGCGUACAAGCGAAGGGUUUUCAUUAUUUGUUAAAAUAGCCGAUAAAGUUAUAUCUGUGCCCGAAGGUGACUUUUUCUUUGAUUUUGUGCGACAUUUAACUGAUUGGAUCAAAAAAGCACGCCCCAUUAGAGAUGGUACCAAUCCACAAUUCACAUACCAAGUGUUCUUUAUGAAAAAAUUAUGGACCAAUACGGUACCCGGAAAGGAUCGAAAUGCUGAUUUAAUAUUCCAUUAUCAUCAAGAAUUGCCAAAACUGCUACGUGGCUAUCAUAAGUGUUCAAGGGAAGAAGCAGCUAAAUUAGCUGCACUGGUGUACCGCGUGCGCUUUGGAGAGAAUAAACAAGAAUUACAAGCCAUACCGCAAAUGUUACGGGAAUUGGUACCCUCUGACAUAUUGAAAAUGCAAAGCACAAACGAAUGGAAACGAUCCGUUGUAGCUUCUUAUAACCAAGACGGCGGUAUGUCUUCAGAAGAUGCGAAGGUGGCUUUUUUGAAAAUUGUUUAUCGAUGGCCGACAUUUGGUUCUGCAUUCUUUGAGGUGAAACAAACUACGGAACAAAAUUAUCCAGAAAUGCUUUUGAUUGCUAUUAAUAAGCAUGGUGUUAGCCUGAUUCAUCCAGUGACAAAGGAUAUUUUAGUUACACAUCCCUUUACGCGCAUAUCGAAUUGGUCUUCGGGCAACACUUAUUUCCACAUGACAAUCGGAAAUUUGGUGCGUGGUUCAAAGCUGCUUUGUGAAACACCUUUAGGAUAUAAAAUGGAUGAUCUAUUGACAUCAUAUAUAUCAUUAAUGUUGACCAACAUGAACAAAAAUCGCACUUUACGAGCAAACUAGUUUUAAAAUAUCUGAAAAUAGAGCAUCAAAUUAAAAAGAAAAUGUUAAACUGAAAAUCAU